UUUGAGCCUAUAAUACAAUUGUACUUCGGACCUAUGCAGUCUUCGAUAGAGAAUAAUGGGAUAAACGCCGAUCCGUGCGAUGCACCGCUUCUUGCGUCCCCAGCUCAUGAUUCCGUUCCAGAAUCCAUGCUGGAAAACCAAAGCCAUGCAGAUCUUGAUGGAAAAGAUAGUCCAUCUGGCCCUGCAUGUUCUUUCAUACCUAGCCCAACCAAUACGUUCCAAGACUUUAUGGCAGAGUCUAGAUCGGACUGCAGACAUUGCAAUUCACGGAAGGAAGCCAUUCUCCACUUCGCCCCCGAAGUGGCUUUGAAGCCGAAUACUUAUAGUAUAGACUGGUGGGGUCACGAUAUCACGAGCUGCUAUAACACGAACAUCCAACGCAAUGUGAACAUGAUAUCUGACCCAGGCUAUGCACUCGAAUUUUUUGCGCCUUUCCCUUCUGACGGUUGUUACCCCAUCAACCCAUUCUAUGCCAAGAGGCACGAAGAAAACAUAUACUUCGGUGGAUCCAAUCGAUCAUCAUGGUCUCAAAUUCGCAAUAAGUAUCUCGGCGGAAUACCCCAGGUAGAUAGAUUCUCCGAUACCAGUCUAGAAUCUGUCCUAUCGUGCAUCACACAUUGCAUCCAACAGCAUGGCGAUUGCGGAAGUGACCUAGAACAACCUUCACCAAGCAGAGUUAUCUAUGUAGGCACAGAGGAGGAACCAACUUUGUAUCUCCAUGAGCCUGAAGAUCAGAGACUACGAUAUGUUUGUCUCAGCUACUGCUGGGGAAAGCAAUCGGGUACAUCUCCAAUGCUCAAAACGACGAGUGAAAGCUUAGACGACUUCAGAAUCCAGAUAGACUGGUCUAGAUUGCCUAAAACGUUCCAAGACGCUAUUCUAUUUACUCGUAAAUUGAAGAUUGGGUAUAUCUGGAUAGACGCUCUGUGUAUCAUCCAAGAUGACGCCCAAGACUGCGCACAGGAGAUCGGUCAGAUGGCAGAGGUAUAUCGGAACGCUUUUUUGACAAUAGCGGCUACAGAUGCUUCUGGACCCCACGAUGGAUUGUGUAGGUUUGGAUAUGGUUCACCCACUGUACAUGAGAUAUCUAGAGAGGCAUGGAAUCCUCAAAUUUCAGGUUCUGGUCCUCUGUGUGUUCGUCUGAAGACGUCGCAUCCCUGGGAACCCAUAUCCAACCCUAGAAACCUACCAUUACCCCUUAUGAAGCGGGCAUGGGCUUUUCAAGAAAGAUGCUUGUCUCGGCGAUUACUACACUUCACAAAACAUGAAUUGAUCUGGGAAUGCAUGACAGCUUCAGGAUGCGAAUGUCGACAGCCAAUCACAAUUCCUGGUGUACGGAAGAAUCAGCUCACACCUUUCCUGAAGGCGGAAAGCAUGACCCCUGGUGACUUGACUUUCAGGUGGAUGGAUAUCGUCAGCCGCUACGCAGAUAUGAACCUGACUUUCGAUAUGGACACGCUACCUGCACUUUCCGGUCUAGCAACUCGAUGGCAAUCACUACAUCAAGAUCGAUAUCUAGCCGGUCUUUGGAGAGACACUCUGACAGUCGACCUUUGUUGGUACCGGUUCAGGGGACCGAAGUGUUUCACAAUGCCUCGAAAGUAUCAAGCACCUUCAUGGUCUUGGGCCCAUGAUUCUAUUGGCGAUGGGAUUGCCUAUAUUAAUAUCAACAACGCUGUGGCGGAGAUAAUAGAUGUAGACUGCACACCUAAAAAUCAAGCAGACCCAACCGGUCAAGUAUCCAGCGGCUAUUUGAAGUUAGCAGCGAAAGCAGCGCCCGCAUCGCUAAUACUGCCAACGCAAAGAUCAUGGUGCUCCUUGAGAUUCUUAGAUCCCACCAUGAAUAUAGAAUCCGUCCAAUUAGACUGGUUUCUCGAACAUGAAGAAGAGACAGAUGUGUAUGUGGUGGCAAUUGGAACGGGAGGUAACGACAUUUUUAGCGUUCUCUAUCUCAUGAUUCUAGCACCAAAUCAAGAAAACUCGGAGACGUACCAAAGGCGAGGUAUAUGCUCUGCAAUUAUUUCUAAAUGUAAUCCCGAGAGUGAAAAGAUUUUCUGGCAUGGUUGGAACGAGGAAAAGUUGAGGUGGUGGACAGAGAAAGGCGGGGAUGGAUGGAUGGAAUUCACCAUUGUCUAGGAAUCCAGGAUUCUGAAUUGUGUUUACAACACCACAUAUCAUAUAUAAGAGCUUCAGAAAUACCGUGGAAAUCGACGCAUGCGAAAACAUCGGCUUCUCUUAGCGUUGGGGCAUUGUUGAACGUCGAACAUCUCCAAUUUGUCGUCACUGAACAAUAGCUGUUACAUCUUCUAGGAUCGCCUGUUAUUCAGUUGCUCUAUCGUUAUAACUAUAUCGCUCUACCUUUCCAUGCGCUAAGAGCAACCGAGGUAUUUGUAUGUGUCAAUUUCUACGGCAGAAGAGAUAGAACGUAAACAACACCGAGGUACAUCACCAAGAAUACCGUCUAUCUACAGGUUGUACGGGCGCUACAGUACAUCCAGCACAAAUCGGUACUUCGGCACCGUCAACUCAACGUAACAAGUAACCAACGGUUCUCCAAACAAGUCAUUAGCAGCAAGAAGCUUGAUUCUCUGCCACCAAUAAGCUUGAUUACCCGCCAAUGCGACAGCUUAGCUACAAAC